AUGAGUGCUAAAAUUACUCUUUUGUUUUCCCUUUUAUUCCGCAAAGCCAAUGCCAUUAACAUUACCAAGCUCUUGAACCAGUAUCCAGACUUCAGCACUUUCAACGAUUACAUAACGAAAACCGGACUAGCCACUGAUAUCAACUCGUUCCAAACAAUCACGGUCCUAGUCGUAGACAACAGCAACAUUUCCCUGUUAUCUGGAAAAUCCAAUGCUGCCAUCAAGAAGAUCUUGAGUGUUCAUGCCUGGCAGGCCAUUGGUCAACAAGGAUUUCUCAAUGUGACAGAUGUGAAUACUGGAAGUGUUGCCAUUGAUUCCGCAGAAAAAGCCCGAAAAACUCCUUCAAGUCCUAAAAAAUCGCCCCCAAGCGAUUCUCUAUCACCCUCCAAAUCCCCUGGUUUGCCUCCUCAGCCUUCUGAUGCACCGGUUGCAGAUUCACCUGCACAUGAUUCCCCUAGCGAAGGCACGACUCUUCAGCCUAGGCUUUUGUCGUGUUUAUAA